AUGUCGGAAGUGAUGAACUUGCAAGAGGCGGAAUUGGGGGAGGUGGAGAGUGCGGCGACUAGGCGGAAGUUGCAGAAUCGAUUAAACCAGCGGGCAAGCCGUAAGAGAAGAAAAGAACAGCUACAACAGCAGCGGAGCGGGAAGAAUCAGAUCAAUAAAUGGGUCUUUUAUAUCGACCCGAGGGCGGAGCAGCGGCAACCAGAUGAGCGCCAUCGGGAGGAGCCGCAGCAGCAGAAUGGUUCAGAUAUUGCCGUUGCCAGCCGCAGCCUUGGUAGUAAAUCGAGGUAUUAUAACCCAGGCUUCCCAGACAUUUUCCUCUCCAAGGAACACCGCGAUAAGGCAUUUCGUUUCUUCUGCAACAUGAGCCAGGAGGAACGCAGCACCUUCUUCCAUCGGCUACACGAAUUGGUUUCCAAGAACGUCGCCAAAUACACGUUAGACAGCCAACUGCUGUUGUCGGUGAUGCAGUUCAAUGUCAUCCGAGCCGUGAGGGCGAAUGCCACCAUGAUAGGGCUGACCUGGGAGCAACUGAUUGAGGAUGAUACCAUAUCGCCUUUCAACAAUUGCGCUUUUUUGCCUGCGCUACCUCCCGCGGCAUCCGGUAGUACAGUGACUUUAGGUGCGGAGGAUGGCGCUGCCAGCGAUGGCAAUGAGUUGAUGCGUCUGCCGCCUGGUUUACAGCCAACUGCGUUGCAGAGACAAGUCAUCCAUCACCCAUGGAUCGAUCUCUGCCCACAGCCAUCUCUACGAGACGCUCUACUAAGGCGCCUGAAUGACAUCGAUGAGGACGAAUUUUGCCACCAUUUAUUUCUACAAAGCAGUGAUGCAGAUGAGGACGGCAUGAUAGGAAUGGUAAUAUGGGGAGAGCCCUUCGAUCCCGCGGCAUACGAAAUCUCGGCAACCAUGCUACGAAAGUGGCCGUGGCUGGUGGAAGAAUGCCCAGACAUAGUUACGACGACGAAUUACUGGAGGAGGGGAAGAGAAGAGAAGCCUUUGGAGAUUUUAUGA